AUGGAUGCCAAUCGCGCCGAUAAAUUCGCUCGCAGACGUAUCCCAAAAUGGCUCGAUGCCUUCCCUCUCCCUCCCUCUGACGCUCCACGAGAACCCCGUCGACCCCAAGACAACAUCCUGAACGACCCCGCAUCCGAUCUCCUCAUCGACUUCAAUUCUCAAGAAGGCUUCUACCAAACGGCCAAGAAGAAGAAGGGCAAGGCAGCACAACCCCCUCCACCGCCGCCCCCGCCUUCCGCGCCACCGGCCGACAACGGUCAGCAAGAUGACAAUGGUAGAGGUGAUGGCGGAGCCAACGGCGGCGAUGCUGCAGGUGGUGCCGGCGGUGGCGGUGGCAAUGGGAACAACGGGCUGCCUGCCAUCUCGACGAACGAUUUCGGUACCGAUUCAUUCCAGGAUAUCAAAUUGGGGGAUGACAAACUGGACCUAGGCUUGAAACCUCCAGAAGGGAAGGGGUUUGAUCAAUGGGGAACGAAAUGGAACUCAGGGGGAACGGGUUGGGACUUUUCUGGAGGAGGAGGAGGAAAUGAUAUCGCGGGCGAUGGCAAGGACGACGAAAACCCCUGGGGUAAAUCGAAAGGCCUGGAAGGACCCCCCGAGGGUGGUGAGCAAGAAAAGGAGGACCCUUGGGGAUUUGGCGUCAAGAAGGAGAAGAAAAAGAGUCCCCUUUGGGGUGCGGAACCUGAAGAAGAGGUCAAGUCUGGUGAUGGCUGGGGCUGGGGCGGCUCCAAGAAAAAGGGCAAGGGCUUGGAAGAGGUUCAUAUGGCCUCUGAAGCUGCUGGCGCCGAGAAGAAGGACAUCUGGGAUACGUGGGGAAUAUCCAAAAAGGACCGGACAAAAAAGAAGGGCAUACUCGAAGACGCUGGAUCGUCACACGCCGAACCACCACCAGACCUUCAAGAUGAUUUAUGGGGUGGUGGUUGGUCAAGUAAGAAGCCCGGUGGAGUGCCGGCGCCAGCGCCAGACCCCCCUUCGUUCGAGGACAAGAAUGAAGGAGAUGACUUUUGGGCAACGUUCGGCUCAGGGAAAUCGAAACCCGUGGAGGAGAAAUCGGCUGUGGAUGGUUGGUCAAGCUGGGGUUUGACAAAGAAGGCUGAGCCGGUCAAGACAGCGGACGAUGGCUGGGACUUAUGGGGGGCAGGUAAGAAGAUAAAGAAGAAGGCCGGUGAUCUAAUCCAGCUCGGUGACGAUAUUCCACCCCCGGUUCCGGACCCGGUCGAGGCCGUGGAGAGUGAAGGCGGCUUCCUCGAAUCCUGGGGUUUUGGCAGGAAAAAGAAGGCCCCAACUGUCGAUCCCUUUGCUUUUAGGACACCCGCCACCGAGGACCAUGAUGAUGGUUUCUGGGGGUCACUCGUAAAGAAGCCUAACCCACAUGAUUAUCUAGAUGAACCUAACGGUGAGAUUGUCCAAUAUGACGAUGUGGAGAGAGGCAAGGGAAGCAAGGUUAUCAACCAGGAACAUGGCGACUGGGAUUGGAGAUCAUCCAAAACGAAGAAGUCUGAACAUCGGAUGGGCGCCUUGACUGACCUACCUCCUCCCGCGCCAACACCCCCCUCUAUGAACUUUACUGAACACGAGGACCAAGCAGGAGAACCCGAAGUACCACAGCAAAACCCCGAAGAGGUUGAGGCGGCUCUCGAGGAGGAGGAGAUUGCUGCUCUCCUGGAGAAGAAGGCGAAGAGGGGAGGGCGACUUCUCAAGGUCGACCGAGAACGAUUGGUCGUCCUGGAAGCGAACGCUGCCAACAGAGCCGUAGCUAAAGCAACACGCGAAGCGGAAGAACAAGCUGCGAGGGAAGCAGAAGAAGCCGCUGCAGCAGAAGCAGCCGCUGCAGCAGAGGCAGCAGCGGCGGAGGAAGCAGCAGCGGCAGCAGCAGCAGCCGAGGCCGAGGCUGUCGCUCUCCGAGAAGCAGAGGCGGCAGAAGCAGCUCGUGACGAACAAGAAAUUGCAACCCUACUUUCGAAAAAGAAGAAGCGAGGCAAGCUGCUCAGGAAGGAACAGGAACGACUUACGCUACUCGAAGGGAAUGUCGCCAAGAGGGCUGAAGCUCAAUCAGCCCGUGAGGCUGAGGAACAAGCAGCUCAGGAGGCUGAGGCUGCGGCCGCAGCAGCAGCAGAGGAAGCAGCCGCCCAAGAAGCAGCGGAGGCCGAAGCGGCUGCUCAAGCAGCUGCAGAAGCAGAGGCAGCGGCUGCUGCCGCCGCCGAGAUCGCCAAGGAAGAGGAGGAAAUGGAAAUGCUCAUGGUUAAGAAGGACAAGCGAGGAGGAAAGCUCCUUAAAAGGGAACAAGAACGGCUUAAUGCCCUUUUUGAAAACGCCGCGAAGCGAGCAAACGAGCAAGCUGCCGCUAAAGCUGAGGAGCAGGCCGCGGCAGAGGCCGAAGAAGCUGCUGUCGCCGAAGCUGCCGCCGCUGAAGAGGCCGCCGCGGCAGAGGCAGCAGCGGUAGCAGAGGCACAAGCAGAGGCAGAAGCAGCCGCUCAAGCAGCGGCAGAGGCUGAAGCCGCAGCGCAAGAAGCAGCACAGGCAGAAGCUGCAGCACAAGCAGCAGCAGAGGCCGAGGCGGAAGAAGCUGCCAAGGAAGAGGAGGAACUGGACGCUCUCAAAGCUAAGAAGGCGAAGAAGGGAAAGCUGAGCAAGAGCGACACUGUCCGCUUCACCACCUUGGUUGGCAAUUCCGUCAAACGUGCUCAAGCCAAAGCUGCCAAAGAAGCUGAGGAGGCUGCCGCGCAAGAAGCAGAAGCCCAGGCAGCCAAGGAAGCUGAAGAGGCCGCAGCUCGUGAGGCUGAGGAGCAAGCCGCCCGGGAAGCUGAAGAGGCUGCUGCUAAGGAAGCCGAGGCUGCCGCCAUCGCAGCAGAGGAGCAGGAACUUGCCGAUUUGACCGCGAAGAAAGUCAAGCGCAAUGGCAAGCUGACAAAGAAAGACACCGAGCGUUUCAAUUACCUCACACAGCGGGCUCUCGAACGCGCUGAACAAGCAGCAAAGGAGGCAGAAGAGGCUGCCGUAGAGGAAGCUGCUGCGGCGGAGGCGGCUGCCGAGGAACCCCCCCAGGAACUAGUCGAAGAAGCCCCUGAGGAAGCUCCCGAGGAAGCUUUCGAGGAAGCCCCUGAGGAAGUAUCCGAAGAAGCUCCCGAGGCCGAAGAUGCGGUUGCACAGGAAGCUGCAGAUGCUGAAGCCGCAGCAGCAAGGGAGGCAGAGGCGGCAGCAAUCGCAGAAGAAGAGGCAGAGCUUGCAGCCCUUGCUGCAAAGAAGGCUAAGAAGGGCAAACUCACCAAGAAGGAUACUGAGAGGUUCAAUAUUCUCGCAGAGAAUGCUGCACAACGACAAGCUGCUAAGGAAGCUGAGGAGGCUGCCGCCGCCGCCGCUGCUGAAGAGCAAGCAGCAAAGGAGGCAGAAGAAGCAGCUGCCGCUGCAGCCGAAGCCGAAGCUGCCGCUGCGAAAGAGGCCGAGGCGGCUGCUAUUGCAGAGGAGGAGGCAGAGCUCGCAGCGCUUGCUGCUAAGAAGGCAAAGAAGGGCAAACUCACCAAGAAGGAUACAGAGAGGUUUAACGUUCUCACAGAGAACGCAGCACAACGACAAGCUGCCAGAGAAGCCGAGGAGGCUGCCGCUGCCGCCGCCGCCGCCGCUGCCGAGGAGCAAGCAGCACAGGAGGCAGAAGAGGCAGCUGCAGCGGAGGCAGCAGAGGCUGAAGCAGUGGCUGCCCGUGAAGCUGAGGCGGCUGUUAUUGCUGAAGAAGAAGCUGAAUUGGCUGCAUUGGCUGCCAAGAAGGCCAAGAAAGGCAAACUGGGCAAGAAGGAUACCGAACGAUUUACUGUCUUGACUGAGAAUGCGGAAAAACGAGCCCAGGAGGCUGCCGAAGCACAAGCUGCUCAGGAAGCCGAAGAAGCUGCAGCAGCUGAGCCCGAAGUUGAAGAACCACCCCCCGAAGAGGCACCCGAGGAACCUCCCGCCGAAGAGCCGCCUGCCGAGGAACCCCCAGUCGAGGAGCCCGACGACACUGCUGCUGCUGAAGCUGCUGAAGCCGCUGCCCAGGAAGCAGCCGAAGCAGCCGAAGCAGCGGAGGCUGCAGAGGAGGAAGCUGAGUUGACUGCCUUGAUAGCUAAGAAAGAUAGGAGAGGCAAACUCGGCAAGAAGGAUACAGACCGGUUCAACGCUCUCACUGAAAACGCGGCCAAACGGGCGGAAAAGGCGGCAGAGGAAGAAGCCGCUGCACAAGCCGUUGCAGAGGCCGAAGAGCAAGCGGCCCGAGAAGCUGAGGAGCAAGCAGCUAAGGAGGCCGAAGAAGCUGCUGCCGCUGAAGCUGCCGCUGCAGAAGAAGCCGCUGCUCAAGAAGCCGCUGAAGCUGAAGCUGCUGCAAUUGCUGCAGAAGAAGCAGAGCUUGCUGCCCUGACAGCUAAGAAGGAAAGGAAGGGCAAGCUUACAAAGAAGGAUACUGAAAGAUUCAAUAUCCUUACUGAAAAUGCUGCUCAACGGGCAGAGAAGGCUGCAGAAGAGGCUGCAGCGCUCGCCGAAGCUGAAGAGGCUGCCGCGGCCGAGGCUGCUGCUGCAGAAGCUGCCGCUGCAGAAGAGGCCGCCGCCGCAGAGGCUGCAGAAGCUGAAGCAGCAGAAAUUGCGCAAGAAGAAGCCGAGCUGGCUGCUCUAGCCGCAAAGAAAGCUAAGAAGGGGAAGCUAGGGAAAAAGGAUACCGAACGAUUUAAUCUUCUUACCGAGAACGCGAAUCAAAGGGCUGAAAGGGCAGCUGAAGAUCAAGCUGCCAGGGAAGCCGAAGAAGCUGUAGCUGCCGCCGAGGCCGAUGAGGCGGAAGAAGCUGCGGAGCCACCCCCAGAAGAGCCCCCAGAGCCAGAGCCAGAGCCAGAGGAAGAGCCAGAGGAAGAGGAGGUUGUAGAGCUGGAACCAGACGAAGCCCCUGCCCCAGAAGAUGCUGAGGCAGAAGAUGCUGCUGCUGCUGCUGAGGAGGCUGCAGCUCUCGAAGCUGCGGAAGCCGAAGCCGCUGCUGCGAUUGCGGCAGAAGAGCAAGAGCUAGCAGACCUGGAGGCAAAGAAGGCUAGGAAAGGCAAGCUGGGCAAAAAGGAUACCGAUCGUUUCAAGACCCUUACUGAAAACGCUGCCAAACGAGCUGAAGAGGCGGCCGAGAAGCAAGCGGCCGAAGAAGCUGCAGAAGCAGAGGCUGCCGAAGAAGCUGCAGCUGCCGAAGCCGCCGCCGCUGAAGCUGCCGAGGCAGAGGCUGCUGCCGCCGCCGAAGCUGCUGCAAAAGAGGCUGCCGAGGCCGAAGAAGCUGCAGUGAUUGCACAGGAAGAAGAGGAGUUGGCUUCACUGGAAGCCAAAAAGGAGAGGAAAGGCAAACUUGGGAAAAAGGACACAGCACGCUUUACACUGCUCACAGAGAACAAGGCUGCUAGGGAGGCCAAGGCCGCUGAAGAGCAAGCUGCCAAAGAAGCUGAAGAAGCUGCCGCUGCGGAGGCCGAAGCCGCAGCUGCUGCAGCAGCUGAAGAGGAAGCAGCCAGGGAAGCCGAAGCGCAAGCAGCCAGAGAGGCUGAAGAAGUUGCAAUCGCCGCUGAGGAAGAAGAAUUAGCUGCCCUUUCAGCUAAGAAGGCUAGGAAGGGUAAGCUAGGGCGAAAGGAUACUGAACGCUUCGCUGUUCUAACCGAGAAUGCUGCAAAACGAGCGGAGGAACAAGCAGCUCGUGAAGCUGAAGCCGCUGCCGAGGACCCAGCGGCCGAGGAAGCUGCUCCGGAGGAAGAAGACGCUCCAGCUGAGGAGGCUGCGGAGGCUGAGGAGGCUGAAGAACCAGCUCCAGAGACGGAAGAGCCAGUAGAGGACACCCCUGAAGAGCCGACAGAAGAACCCCCUGAAGAACCAAUCCCAGAGAUCGACGAAACCGAAGAGGCGGCAAAACAAGCUGAGGAGCAAGCUGCUAAAGAAGCCGCUGAGGCCGAGGCUGCUGCUAUUGCUGCCGAAGAGGAAGCAGAGCUUGCGGCGCUCGAGGCGAAGAAGGCUCGAAAAGGGAAAUUAGGGAGGAAGGAUACUGAACGCUUUGUUCUCCUCACCGACAACAUCGCCAAGCGUGCCGAAGAGCAAGCAGCUAAGGAGGCCGAAGAAACCGCUGCCGCUGAAGCUGCCGCUGCCGAAGCUGCCGCCGCUGAGGCUGAAGCUGCUGCCAUUGCUGCUGCUGAAGAAGACGAACUUGCGAAACUGGAGGCAAAGAAAGCUCGGAAGGGAAAACUAGGGAAGAAAGAUACUGAAAGGCAUGCUCUUCUCACUGAGAAUAUCGCCAAGCGUGCCGAAGAGCAAGCUGCCAGAGAAGCAGAGGAAGUUGCUGCCGCUGAAGCUGCUGAAGAGGAAGCCACUGCCGAAGACGAGCCUGUUGAAGAAGAGGCCGAUGAAGAAGAGGCUGCUGAGGGAGAGGCUCCUACAGAAGAAGCUGCCGAUGAGGUUGCUGAUGAAGCUACUGCUGAGGAAGAAGCUGCUGCCGCCGAAGAAGCUGCCGCCGAGGAAGCCGCCGCCGCCGAAGCUGCUGCCGAGGAAGCUGCUGCAAGACAAGCUGCCGAAGCUGAAGCCGCUGCUAUUGCUGCUGCUGAAGAAGAUGAACUUGCGAAACUAGAGGCAAAGAAAGCUCGGAAAGGCAAAUUAGGGAGGAAAGAUACCGAGAGGUAUAACAUCCUUACCGAGAAUAUCACGAAGCGUGCCGAAGAGCAAGCUGCGAAGGAGGCUGAAGAGGCAGCAGCGAGAGAAGCUGAAGAGCAAGCAGCGAGAGAAGCCGAAGAGGCUGCGGCUGCGGCUGCCGAAGCUGCUGCAAUUGCUGCCGCGGAAGACGAAGAACUCGCAAAUCUGUCAGCAAAAUGGGAAAGGCGAGGCAAGCUUGGUAGAAAAGACACAGAACGCUUCAAGCACUUGACCGAGAAUGCAGCAAAGCGUGCUGAAGAGCAGGCUGCCAGGGAGGCCGAGGAAGCUGCCGCUGCCGGUGACGCUGAGGAGCCAGCCCCUGAUGACGCUGAAGAAGCCCCCGAAGCUGAGCCUGAGCCUGAAGAGAUACCGGACGAGGAGGCUGAAGUCGAGCCUACAGAUGCCCCAGCUGAAGAGGUAGAGGACCCGGCCGCAGAGGAGGCCGCAGCCGCAGCUGCAGAGGAGGCUGCCGCAAGAGAGGCUGCUGAAGCUGAAGCGAAUGCCCUCAUCGCGGAAGAGGAAGCAGAGCUUGCUACAUUAGUAAAGAAAAAGGCCAAGAAGGGAAAGUUGGGCCGCAAGGAUACCGAACGCUUUAACCUCUUAACCGAUAAUGCAGAAAAGCGAGCUGAAGCUCAAGCAGCGAAGGAGGCAGAAGAAGCUGCUGCUGCCGCUGAAGCUGAAGCUGCCGCAGCGGAAGAAGCAGCUCCAGCAGCAGAAGAAGAAGACGAUGACGAUGAGUUUGUGGAUGCUGAAGAAGGGGAAGACGAAGAUGCUGGGGAAGAUGCUGAUCCUGAGGAAGUGGCCGAGGAAGAGGCAGUCGAGGAAGAGGUGGAACCAGAAGCCGACGACGAUGCUGCUGAGCCCGAGCCCGAGCCCGAGCCCGAAGAAGAAGAUGUCGAAGCUGCUGCUGCCGCUGCGGAGGCUGAAGCAAAGGCUGCCGCAAUCGCUGAAGAAGAAGCUGAGCUCGCAGCUUUAACUAAGAAGAAGGUGAAAAAGGGCAAGCUAGGUCGCAAGGAUACAGAAAGGUUCAACCUCUUGACUGAAAACGCCGCUGUCCGCGCCGAAGAGCAAGCUGCAAAGGAGGCCGAGGAAGCUGCAGCUAAGGAAGCUGAAGAAGCUGCAGCCGCCGCUGCCGAAGCUGAAGAAGCCGCUGCGAAAGAGGCUGAGGAAGCGGAAGCCGCUGCUGCUGAAGCAGCCGAAGCAGAAGCAGAAGCAGCCGCCGAGGCUGAAGCCAAAGCUGUUGUGAUCGCUGAAGAGGAAGCCGAGCUCGCAGCUUUAACUAAGAAGAAGGCGAAAAAGGGCAAGCUGGGCCGUAAGGAUACUGAAAGAUUCGCCAUCCUGACCGAAAACGCCGCUGUCCGCGCUGAAGAACAAGCCGCAAAGGAGGCUGAGGAAGCUGCUGCUGCUGCUGCUGAGGCUGAAGCUGAAGCUGAGGAGGACGCUGAGGAAGCUGCCGAAGAGGUGGCCGAAGACGCCGCCGAGGAAGUCCCUGAGGAAGUUGAAGAGGAGGAAGCCGAGGAGGACGUCGAGGCAGCUGAAGCAGAUGCAAAGGAAGCUGAGGAACAAGCUGCCAGGGAGGCUGCAGAAGCAGAAGCUGCGGCCAUCGCUGAAGAGGAAGAGGCCGAGCUCGCAAAGCUGACAAGGAAAAAGGAAAAGAAGGGCAGACUAGGCCGUAAGGACACUGAACGGUUUGACCUCCUGACUGAAAAUAUCGCCAAGCGCGCAGAGGAACAAGCUGCAAAGGAAGCCGAAGCUGCUGCUGCCGCCGCCGAAGCUGAAGCUGAAGAAGCUAUCGAGGAGCCAGAGGAGGCGGCUGAAGAAGCUGAAGAAGAAGGCGAGGAUGUCGAAGAGGCUGAGGAGGAGGUUGAGGAAGCGACCGAGGAAGCAGCCGAGGAGGCCGGGGAAGAUGAAGCUGAAGCUGAAGCGGCUGCGGCUGCAGCUGCUGAGGCUGAAGAAGCGGCUGCAAGAGCUGAGGCAGAAGCUGCGGCGAUUGCUGAAGAAGAGGCCGAACUCGCAAAAUUGAUAAGGAAAAAGGAGAAGAAGGGUAGGCUCGGCCGUAAGGAUACUGAACGAUUUGACCUCCUUACUGCGAAUGCAGCCAAGCGUGCAGAGGAAGCUGCUGCUGCCGCUGCUGCUGCUGAAGCCGAAGCUGAAGAAGCCGAGGAUGAGGGAGAGGCGGAUGAGGAACCGGCCGAAGAGGCGGCUGAAGAGGAUGAAGAGGCAGCUGGGGAGGCUGGAGAGGUUGCAGAAGAGGCAGCCGAAGCCGAAGCCGACGCAGAGGCAGAGGCAGCAGCAGCUGCGGAAGCCGCUGCUAAAGCGGAAGCAGAAGCUACGGCAAUCGCUGAAGAAGAGGCGGAGCUUGCAAAAUUAACAAGGAAAAGGGAGAAAAAGGGUAGACUUGGCCGCAAGGACACCGAAAGAUUUGACCUCCUUACUGCGAAUGCAGCCAAACGUGCGGAGGAAGCUGCUGCUGCUGCCGAAGCCGAGGCGGCUGCUACCGCUGAAGCUGAGGAGGCCGCAGCAAGGGAGGCUGCUGAAGCUGAGGAGGCUGCCGCCGCCGAGGCCGCUGCAGCAGAAGAAGCCGCUGCGAGGGAAGCCGCUGAGGCCGAAGCCGCUGCAGUUGCUGAAGCCGAAGCAGCAGAGCUCGAGGCUCUGAAUGCAAAGAAGGCCAGAAGGGGUAGACUGGGUAGGAAGGAUACAGAAAGGUUCAGGGUCUUGGAAGAGAGAGCAGCUGAAAGAGCCGAAGAACUAGCUGCAAAGGAGGCUGCGGCUGCGGCUGCUGCUGCAGAAGCUGCUGCUCAGGCCGCUGACGCUGAGUCUGAGGAAGAAGACGAAGAAGAGGAGGAAGAGGAGGAAGAAGAGGAGGAGGAAGAGGCAGAAGCUGAACCAGUGGCUGAACCAGAAGCUGAGGCUGAAGCUGGAGAAGCUACCGAAGACGAAUCGGAAGCAGAAUCGAAGGCAGAAGCUGGCGAAGCCGCUGGGGAUGAAUCGGAAGAUGAAUCAGAGGCGGAGGCAGAGGAGGAAGCAGAGGGAGUUGUAGAAGCAGCUGCAGAAGCAGCACCAGCAGAGGCGGAAGAACCGGCGACGAAAGAGGUAGCGGAAGCAGAAGAGGAUGAGGAUGAGGAUGAAGACGACGGAGAUGAAGAUGAGGAUGAAGAUGAGGACUCGGACGAAGACUCGGACGCCGAAGAGAAGGAGGCCGACGAGGAAGCCGCUGAGGCUGCCAAGGGAGAGGCUGGCGAAGAACCCGCGGAAGAAGAAGCUGUCGUGGAAGCUGUGGAAGAAGCCCCUGCUGCGGAGGAAGUCGCUGAAGAAGAGCCCGUCGAAGAGGUCGCUGAGGAGGCUGCUAGAGAAGUCGAAGAAGCAGCCGAGGAAGUGCUAAAGGAACCUGAACCCGAACCUGAGGCGGCGGCUCCCGAGGUCAUUGAAGUGGUCGACAUGACGCCCAAGAAGCCCAGGAGGAGUCGGAAGAAGACGCGAGGCGAGGGACCGCCGCCUCCACCUGUCCCCGAUCCGCCGAUUACACCUCCCCCCGAGAUCAAACAUCCCCGAAGGGAACGACCCAAGCUCCACCGUGAAGGCACAUCGUGGGGGAAGCGAACCUCGAUGCCAAGAGAAGAAAAGGAGAGAUCGUCCAAGUCUAGGUCGAGCAAGCCCAGACGUGAAGAGAAGUCAUCCUCGAAGGGGUCAUCCUCCGACAAAGUUGAGAAGACUCCAUCACGGUCCCGAACGACAGGUCUCUUUAGUACGCCGCCAAUUACUCGCUCAUCGACCAUGUACGAGAAGAGGCCCAGCGUUAUGAGCAAACGCCGUCACUCUACGGGGGCCCGUGGCCUUGCAUCGCCACCUCCCGACGAGGCAAGCAAGGUCGCGGACGAAUCCACCAGACGUCGCAGGUCACAGAAGACACGAUCGCGAGAGGAUGAUGAUGUCGUCAUGGUCGACGCUGAGGCAGACAGGCGUGAGCGUCGCCGACGAUCCAAGCGUGCCCGUGAAGAAGACGUGGUCAUGGUCGAGUCGGGUGGUCCUUCAGACACACCUCUUCAGCGAGGUGCUUCGAGCGCGAAGAAGCCCUCAGGCUUUUCCAGCCUGUUCACUGGCCUAAUGACACCCAAAACCGAGCGUCCUGACCCCCUCCGUCGCCGUAGUACCUACGCAACAACUGACGAUGAGGCCUUGCGCAGCGCCAAGAUGGAUGGAGAUGCUGUUGUGAUCGACGCUGACCGCGAAGCUAGGCGGGCGGCUCGGAGGGCUAGACGGGCUGACCGCGAAGCUGCAGGUGACCCUGAGCGUGGGGACGAAGAGGCACGUCGUGCUCGGGAUGAAGCACGGCGUGAGCGGCACCGUCGACGCGAUGACGACGAUGAAAUACGGAGACAUGAGGAGAGGGAGGCACGUCGGGCUGAGAGGCGAGCUGCUCGUCAACAACGUGAGGAGGAGGAAAGACGAGUCGAAGAAGAGCGGCGAAUGGAAGAGGAUCGGGAAGCUCGAAGGGCGGAACGUCGACGUCUACGCAAAGAACAAGAAGCUGCAGCUGCAGCCGCUGCUGUGGAGCAGGAAGAAGAAGAGAUGCGACGAGCCGCAAGACGAGAGAGGCGACGUGAGCGCCAAGUUUACGCAUCGGAAGACGACUCUGAACGACGCCGGCGACGAGAAGCUAGAAGAGCGGCUCGUGCUGCUGAGGUAGCCGAGGCAGCCGAGGUAGCUGAGGAAGAAGAAGUAUAUCGUCGAAGAAGCCACAGGCACGCUGAGCAGUCAGCCGAUGAGUAUGGGCAACGGAGAUCUCGACGUCGUGAGGAAAGACGGGGUUCGGCCUGGCCACAUUCAGGAACGUCGUCCUGGGUCAAGGAUCACACAGAUGCGCCUCCUCCACCCGAAACACCUGUUGAAGAGGCGGCACCCGAACUCGAGCCCGAGCCCGAGCCCGAGCCGGUGGACGAUGAACAAGCACGACGCGAAGCGCGCCGAGCCCGUCACCGAGCCAAGUACGGAGACGGGACGCCAGAUGACACAGAUGAUCAACGUCGACGGCGAGCAAGGCGAGAAGAUCGCGAUAGGGGCGGCGACAGAGAUAGAGAUCGCGACAGGGACCGAGACCGGUACCGCGACAGGCGGCUACAGGGCUCAGAAGGGAGCGACGAGCGUCACCACAGCCGACGCAACUCGGGAUUCGUGGAGGCAACACCACGAACACCGUGGUGGAAGAAGAUUGCAGGAUGA